AUGCCGGCGCUAUUCGAACUCGAAAGUACUUUGGUUGAGCGGGAUAUAGGCCAAGACAUACAUACUCGCUUAUCCCCGUCGGAUAAAGAGAAACGUACUUUAAUAAUUAUUGGGAUUUAUAUACUUGUGAUAUUGAUUCUUUGGAAAAUGCCCAUAUUAAAUUAUAUUUUGUAUCCUUUCAAGUUAUUGACUGUUGGAUUACAUGAAUGGUCGCAUGCUGCUGUUGGAUGCUGUACCGGAGCAAAGAUCGAAGGAAUAGAACUUGAUCCUGAUGAAGGUGGCGUUACUCGUAUGCGAGGCGGAAUUCAAUGCUGUACUUUACCAGCUGGAGCGUUACUAGUAUUUUGUGGGUUCAAUGUCGUUGCGUCGAAAGUUGCUUCGAUAGUUCUUGGAGUAUUACUAAUUAUCCUUUUAUUUUGGGCCAGGAAUUGGUGGCCAUCUAGAGUCAUUACUAUUUUUUUUAUAUUAGUUAUUGUAGUUUUAUGGGUUGUUAAAGAUGGUGAAGGAGUGGUCUAUUUUGUGUUAUUUGUUGGUGUUAUGUCAUGUCUUUAUUCACUAUGGGAUAUAAUGGAUGACUUGGUAUUCCGGAAGGUCAACGAAUCUGAUGCAAGCAAAUUUGCUAAACUUAGUGGCUGCUGUCCUGCACAAUUUUGGGGUAUUACUGUUGGUGAAAUAACCCGAUACAGAAUUCAGUUUGAUAGUACAAAGCAUCCUUCUAGUACUGCUUGGCCUCCUUCGAAUCUUGUAGUUAAAAUUACUAACGAGACUUCAAUCUUAUACCGUGGUGCUUUCUUAAGUGGCCCUUAUAGCAUAUCAGCUUCUUGUAUUGAAACUGUGCAUGCUAAUAGGCUAAACUUACUCACCACUGAUAAUUUUUUUACUCCAAACUUGAAUCCUAGUAUCAAAUGUGGUGAAGUUUGGCAGGUAGAGCUCGCUGUUCCUUCAAAUGGCAUCGGUGACUGGACCAUCGAUAUAAUGUGCGAAAUUUUGUUCUCUCUUAAUAAAGUGAAAUAUAAUGUCAGUAUAUUUGCUUGUGUACCUGAAGGGGCGACCAUCGAUGAUGAACUUCAAAUAUUUGACGGAGAAGCGAUUGCCAGUCAAGAUGGUACAACAACUGUCUAUUCACCAUCAAUACAAUAUGAAUUUUUAAAGCCGUAUGAUAUCUUUAAAUUACCGGAUCUUACUACUUUUUCAACUAGAGAUAUUCAUCUUGUGGUAUUAACUCAUGGAAUUCAUGGAUCAAUGCUUGAUGAAUUAUACUUGAAGGAAGCUCUUGAAAAUAAAUGUAUUGAUCGAAAAACUGAUUCAAUCGUUUUUUUUAUGUCUGAUGUGAAUCAUUCUUAUACUGAAGAUGGUAUUGAAGCAUGUGGCGAAAGAUUAGCCAAAGAACUCUUGAAAUAUAUCAAAUGGCCAUCGAAUCUAAACAAAGAUAAUAUUCAUAAUGAAAAUGAUUCUAGAGAUAAUAUUGAUAGUGAUGAUAGUGAUGAAAGUGAUUUUAAAGAUAAGCCUUUAAUUUCAAAAAUUUCUUUAAUUGGCCAUUCUUUGGGCGGUUUAAUAAAUACAUUUCUAGCAGGAUAUCUACAUAGUGUCACAAACGGUGCGUUUUUUAAUCAUAUUCAACCAAUUCAUUUCAUUACCAUCGCUACACCUUGGCUCGGAUCUACUGAUUUAUCAUGGUAUAUAAAGAUUGGACUUCAAUUAGGUGUGGUUGGGCAAACCGGUAAAGAUUUAGCCUUAAUUGCUCGAUCUAGAGAAGAGCAAGAAAAAGCAAGGGGGGCUGUACAAGAAGACACUGGUGAAGAACAACCUUUAUUAUUAGCUCUUGCGCAACCAACGUCACCAUCUCAUAUUGCAGUUUCCAAAUUCCAUAAUCGUACUUUGUAUGCAAAUACCGCAAAUGAUUUGGUGGUUUCUUUCAGAACUUCUUCACUUUACUUUCAUGAUUAUGAUGAAGAAAUAUCAUUCAAAUAUACUAUAAAUGAUCACUUGAGACAUGUUUUAGUUUCUCUUAGUCCUCUUGACAUUACGAAUGAUUAUCUUUCCAAAUGUAUGGGGUCAUCCCCAAUUUUAUAUGAUAAAGUAAUUAACCCUGAAGACAUCCCACCACCCAAUGAGGAAAUGGAUAUUACUAUAGAAGAACAAAUCGCUAGAGAAUGGCAUAAAGAUAUGUCAUGGCGUAAAGUUUUCGUACAACUUGAAGGAGAGGCUCAUACACAUGUAAUUGUGAGAAGGAAAUGGGUUAAUGCUGCAGGAUGGCAAGUUAUUGAGCAUUUGUUAAAUGAACAUUCUCUAGCACCUAUACAGAUCUUUCAAGAUGAGGCAACGGAAGAACGCGCAGAAAACGCGCGUUUGUCUUCAUUCGUUGGUGCCAUUGCCGUUGGAGAUUUGGUUAAGAGUACAUUAGGGCCUAAGGGAAUGGAUAAAAUUCUUCAAUCGGCAAGCAAAGGUGAUAUUAUAGUUACAAAUGAUGGGGCUACGAUUCUUAAAAGCAUCGCCCUUGAUAACGCAGCAGCUAAAGUUCUUGUCAAUAUAUCAAAGGUUCAAGAUGAUGAAGUUGGUGAUGGAACAACAACUGUUUGUGUACUCGCAGCAGAAUUAUUACGUGAAGCUGAGAAACUUGUCAAUCAAAAAAUUCAUCCUCAAACUGUUAUUGAUGGAUAUCGUAUCGCUAGUGCUGCAGCAUAUAAAGCUUUAGAAGAAUCUGCUGUCGAUAAUGGAGCUAAUCCGGAAGCAUUUCGAAAAGAUCUGAUCAAUAUUGCUCGUACAACAUUGAGUUCAAAGGUUUUAUCACAAGAUAAAGGCUAUUUUGCUAACCUUGCUGUUGACGCUGUUUUAAGACUGAAAGGCAGCACAAAUCUUGAACAUAUACAAAUCAUAAAGAAAGUUGGUGGCUUUAUUUUAGACAAAAAAAUUGGAGUUAAUCAACCGAAAAGAAUUGAAAAGGCCAAAAUUUUGGUUGCUAAUACACCAAUGGAUACCGAUAAAAUUAAGAUUUUUGGUGCUCGCGUUCGUGUAGAUGCUACUGGUAAAUUAGCCGAACUUGAAAGAGCAGAGCGGGAUAAAAUGAAGGAAAAGGUUGAAAAAAUAAAGGCCCAUGGAAUUAAUUGUUUUGUUAACCGCCAACUGAUCUAUAAUUGGCCAGAGCAACUCUUUGCUGAUUCUGGUAUUAUGUCUAUCGAGCAUGCUGACUUUGAUGGUAUCGAAAGAUUAGCUCUAGUAACGGGCGGUGAAAUUGCAUCUACAUUUGAUCACCCAGAACUUGUAAAAUUGGGGUAUUGUGACCUUAUUGAAGAAGUUAUUAUUGGAGAAGACAAGCUAAUCAAAUUCUCUGGUGUUGCUGCUGGAGAAGCUUGUACUAUUGUGUUACGUGGGGCUACGAACCAAUUAUUAGACGAAGCUGAGAGAUCUUUACACGAUGCAUUGAGUGUAUUGACACAGACUGUAAAAGAAACACGUACGGUGCUUGGUGGUGGUUGUUCUGAAAUGCUUAUGUCUAAAGCGGUUGAGGAAAAAGCUAAGACAACGGCUGGUAAGAAAGCGAUUGCUGUGGAAUCUUUCGCAAAGGCUUUGAGGCAGAUUCCCACUAUUUUGGCUGAUAAUGCUGGUUAUGAUAGUGCAGAUCUUGUUGCCAGAUUGCGUGCAGCGCAUUAUGAAGGAAAGUCUACAUAUGGACUAGAUAUGGCGAACAAUACUAUUGGAGACAUGCGAGAAAUUGGAAUUACAGAGUCAUACAAACUUAAACGACAAGUAUUACUUAGCGCAUCAGAAGCUGCGGAAAUGAUUUUACGUGUUGAUGAUAUUAUUCGAUGUGCACCAAGAAAACGAGGGCAAUAG